AACCGACCCAUUGCUACAGCAAUGGCGUCUUCCGCCGAGUUGAACCCGAGCAACACUGGUCAGGACUUCAGCGCCAGUCUUUUGGUUUUAGCCAACUAUUCCAACUUCUAUUCGGUUAUAACAGUCCUUGUUUGCUUUAUUAUUACAGUUGUCUUCAUACUCAGGUUAAAUGGAGAUCAUAUUGCAUUCAGCUCAUCGGUUGUUGUGAAACAUGUUAUUCCUGAGCAGCGAAUGGUUGGAAUCCAAACCCCUUUCUCGCUACAGAUGGACCCUACAAAGAAUAGCUCCUUACUGUCUGGUUUACAUUGCGUGGUUUCAAGUUUGGUGGCAAGUCGUCUGUACAGCUUCUGGGGUGUGAACAUCCAGGCUCUUUACCAAGAGUUCCAGUUACCAUGGCAACAACUCCAGGAGCACAUACACUCCGAUAAUUUCCUUACGGGUUCAUAUGUUUGCAAAGAUGAACCACUCGUAUUAGACUGUUGCAGUGAGAAGCAGCUUCAUUUACCAACACCACAAGCUAUGGCAGAUGUUUCCAUGGCAGCCAACUCCAGGACCAUCUACCCUAUCGUGCUGUUAAAUGUCUCACGCAGUUCCACUCAUCCUACUGAUGGAAGUGUCCAGGUGGUGGCGAUGCUGAGUGCCAUCCAUUUAAAGGAUUCUGUUUGUAGUAUGAACUCCCACAUUAUCAACCAACACUUGAAAACCUACAAUAACCAAAUAUUCAAUCUUCAGCCUUUAUUUAUAGCAUCAUUGCCUGAUGAUGAAGGAUCCCAGCAAACAACACAAGUACCCUCGUCUACCGUUUCCGCAAAGCAGUCUUCACAGAGUCAUUUGACAGAAGAUGUUAAUACCAGUUCCUCCAAUAUAACUGAAAUGCCUUCUUCAUCAGCAUCUGGCAUGAAAGAUGUCACAGCUUCUUCAUCUGAAGGGGACUUAGGAACAACAGCAAAUGCUGAGCUGCAAGCAUCUUCUGCUGUAUGCGACAAACCGGUUUCAACAGAUUGCAAUGCCACGGAUUCCGAGAGUUCUACGCAAAACGACUGUAUCGUUUGUCAGUGUGAAUCUAUCAGCAUGGCUCUGUUGCCAUGUCGACAUGCAUGCGUGUGCAGGACUUGUUUUAGCAAGCUUGAACGUUGUCCCAUGUGUCGUGAAUACAUACAUUCCUACUUCUGUUUAGAAGAUCCCGGCUGUUACUCUUCAAACGCAACUUUGUCAACCUCUAGUCCAGUGCCUUACGCUGCAGGCCAAAUGCAUCGGCCUGCACCUCACAUUCCCAUGCAGAGACGCACACUAAAACAAUGGCUGUUGCAUGUGAAUAAUGUAGUAAAUGAGUAUUUGGGAUUCUGAUAAAAAUUUGUUGUUUAUUGGUUUCACAUAAAGAAGACUAUUUCUAUCUUGAAUUA